CCGAACCGGAUACAGGCUUUUCUCUAAUGUUAAUGUCACACAAAAUCACGAACCGGUUCCUCCCCUUAUGCAUUUUUUGAUUAUUCGCUCUGUGGUGCAAUUUGAGACUAUCCCUGCCCAUUUCCCUCCCAUUUUUCAGAGCAAAAGAUUUAAGUGAAUCCUAUGUACUCAUUUUUAUUAUUUUAUUACAAUUCUUUCCAUUUUAUGCUUACGAAUUAAACUUUCACACACAAAAGUGUUGAACGGCCUCACAUUUCAACCCAAGCAGAGUGGCAAAAUUGUUCCCUCGGCCGAAAAUCUUCAUGAUGGCAAUGGGGAAAAGAAGACAAAAGGAACCGGAAAAUAAAUCGGGGUUGGAAACCCAAAGAAUAUUGGAACGAAAACAGGAAGGAAAAUGUAUUUCCCUCAUUGUACGAUCAUGGCCGUACUCUGCUUCAUACGGAUGGUUGCAAGGAUUCCUUGUUUUGCACAAGAAUAAUAUGGCAAUUUUAUGGUGUGCAAACAGUAUUUUGGCUGGUGUACACUCGAUUUUGGCUGGUAUACAUUAUUGUGCCCUAUCUUGCAGGAACAUGUGAUUCAAUUAACCUUUGGACAUUCUGUUUGAAGCAAAUGGUAAAGAUAAGUGGUGUGUCAGUCGAUUCACUCAUCUCCGCGAUUACUGUUCGUACUUUGCUCUAUGCUUUUAUUAUAAUGGUCACAGUGAUGACUUGUAUUCUACCCAAUGUUGUCCCCUCUCUAUGUAAACACUAUUACGCAACCCCUAAGUUGACUGAACAGUGCAGAGGGCCGGACCAACAGUAAUUGAAUGGGCUUUUUAGUUGCGCUUAUUUGUAACUGCAACAAGAAAACAACACCUACCGUAAUCUGUGCAAUUGUCCACUUGCCCAAGGCUUAACUGGGGACUGGGAAGCCACUGGUUGGGGGCACGUUUGAUAUGCACCAAGGACUGGAGCUCAACUUGUGUGUAAACCAUUCGGCCUACUCUGGCUUCCCGUCUAGUCUGAAGGCAGCAGUGUCGUUUCACUUGGCAAUACGAAGAGUAGCAGUUACAUGCCCCUCCUCCAUGAACUAGGCAACCUCUCUGAACACCACGAAAUGUGGGUGGAAUGCAAGCAGUUCUUACUGUCAAAAGCAUUGUCAACAUUCCUCUGAACAAAAGUGACUGCAUUCGUGAAAGAGCCAUUGGAAAGGACUUUAUUAUUUCGGAUUUGAAGUAUAGCAUUGCGGCAUAGAGCUAGGCUGACCGAUUCUCCACUCUCCAAUCAUGAGUUCGGGAGCUGUGAGUAAACGCAGGAUCGCUCUAGCGGCUUGUUUGAUUCUACUUGUAGGUUCCAUAGCCAUUGCAAUUAUCUCUGGCGUGCUGGUUUCUGUAAGAAAUCAAGGUGUAAGUGAAACAAUACCAGCCCAGUUGGAUGACGAGUUGGAACAAACUCCCACACUGGAACUGGUUCAGCUGGAUGCAACAAGCAGAGGCAUUGCUGUCAAGAACCGUGACGGGAUUGACGUUCUGCGUGGAACACUCGCUGUAAACACCCCUUCGGAAGUCAGAGGUGUUGAUUGCUCCGCUGGUGAGGGAGGAAAUUCCCUCUGCUACCGGUGGAAAAAUGUUGCAGAACUGGAUGUCAGAGUUGUCGCGGAAAAUGGAAAAUUUUCAUGUAUCCACAUGGCUUGGGAAACACUAGCUGCCGACACACCUCUUCGAGAUUGCUAUAGGUUGGAUGGAGCUCAUUGGUACGGCAGUGCUGGGAUGUUUCGCCAACGUUGGCCAAUAGAAAAAUGGAACCAGACAACCCAAAUGUAUGCAUCUGGUGAUGUGUAUGAGAAUUGGCAGUACUAUGGGUCGGUUCUGGAUAGGUAUUGGUUGUCCUCAAAGGGUGUGGCAAUACGAGUCAGUCACGACAGUCCUUUACAUGUCAGUUUGAACGACAAUGACGAUGGCAUGGUAUGCUUUCAAAGCACUUAUGACAACUCAUUCUACCCAAAUUUUGAGGGCAACCUGCAUCGUUUAGAUUACACGAUAUGCACUCAUGACAACGUGCGUCUCGUCCAUGAUGGAAUUUGGCGCGAAAUUGGUAUUGGUGGCGGGAAACUUAUUAUCCCCUCUGGGAUACCAGACAACAGAAUGAUCAGGUCACCAAUCUGGUCCACGUGGGUAAGAUUCAAAAUCUCUAUCAACGACAGUGUCGUCAUGGCGUUUGCGGACGAGAUCGUAGCCAACGGGUUUGGGAACAGCCAAUUGGAAAUCGAUGAUGGAUACAACCUAAAGUAUGGAGAACUUAAUUUCGAUCCGGAGAGGUUCCCCAACAUGCAAGACACGGUGACGAAGCUGCACGCCAAAGGGUUCCGUGUGACCCUCUGGGUCCACCCUUUUGCCAACACUGACACUGAUGUCUACCAAGAUGGCAAGGAGAAGGGUUACUGGGUGACGAAAAGGGGGCAGGAUGAGGGUGUUACGGAGUGGUGGAACGGCAAGGGUGGACUUCUGGAUGUAACUAACCCAGCUGCCGUGGACUGGUUUAUGGCGCGACUGGAACAACUCCAGCGUGAUACAGGAAUUGACUCGUUUAAGUUUGACGCUGGAGAAACCAACUUCUUAGUGAAGGAUUUCGAGACGUACAUUCCCCUGGUAAACCCGUGUGAAUAUACAACCCUGUAUGCUAAAAUGGCCGCCCGACUUGGCUCCCAAGUUGAAGUCCGGGCAGCUUACGAAAAUCAAGAUUUACCUAUUUUCGUGAGAAUGAUGGACAAGGAUUCUCGUUGGGGAUGGGAUAACGGUCUCAAGACACUAAUCACCUCAGCUCUGACGUUCGGGAUUAUUGGAUAUCCUUACGUUCUCCCAGACAUGAUUGGUGGGAACUCAUACGAGUCUGGUUUCCAUGGGAACACACUACCGGAUCGGGAGCUCUUCAUACGAUGGCUGGAGAUAACGGCCUUCAUGCCAGCAAUGCAGUUCUCCAUCUCGCCCUGGCAGUACGACCAAGAGAUUGUAACCAUCUCCCGCAAGUGGGUUUCUUUCCAUGAGAAUUUCAUCACGCCCAUACUUCUCAAAACUGCACGAACGGAGACUACGGUGGCCCCAGGUCAGCCGUUGAUAAGACCAGUGUGGUGGAUUGCACCAACUGAUGAAGAGUCCCUACAAAUAGACACAGAAUUCCUGGUCGGGAAUGAUCUCUUGGUGGCGCCCAUCCUAGAUAAUGAAACCUACGUCAGAGAUGUAUAUCUUCCUCCGGUCGAUGGGGUCUGGACACGUAUGCCCCAAGGGGAUGCGGUGCAAGGGGGUCAAUGGUUACGUAAUGUGCCCGUUCCUCUUGACGAAGUACUGUACUUUAUUUUAGAUCCUGGAAAUUCACAGUAGGCCUAAUCCAAAAUUCAACAGUUAAAGCAUUUGAAUUUAAACUUUCAGAAAUGUAAUUGACAAUUUAUGUUGCAAUUCGAUCACUCCAGAUCCAAUGGCGAGCGUAAAAAAGAAAAGAAACUGGCUGAUUUUAUUGUGCAGCCUCGAUUUCUGAUAUGAUCGAGUCGAAAAAUGCGAUGAAAUAAUGAUCACUUAUUUUGGGCCACCGGGCCGGAGGAUUUUUUUUUUGGGGGGGUGCUAGUCUGUUUAAAAUCUUUGAAAAACUUUUGGAUCGCUUACGAGUGUAGUGAUAGUGUUACCAGUCUCAAGACGCCCAUCAAACGUUGUCUUUGGAAAUCUAAAGCCCAGGUUUUCACACGACAUAAAUUUAGUAGGGGACCCUUGCUUAAGUUUAGCAGGAUUGUAAAACUCUACAGAUUGCACCUCCCGAAAAGGACAACAAUGUUUGAACUGACCAAGGUCCCUAGUGAAAUCUUUUCAAUUUACAAUCUUUAAUUUUGUUUAUAGUCAGUACAAACAUUAUUAUCCUUUCAAACGAGGUGUACUGUAUACACAAUUUCGAAACCAUCCUAAUUAGUUAAAGCAAGGGACACUUGCUAAAAUAAUAGCUGUCGUCUGAAAAGGGCUUUAUGCGACCCACGGUUACCAAAUAGAAUGGUCUUUGGUCUGUUGAUUUAAUACGAGCCCGUCUCGUAGGGCGGUGACAUGUGUUUCCCCUUUUUUCUUACCGCAAAGGGGGAGGGGGAUGGGGGUUGUCGAGUACAACGGGGAUUAGGUGCGACAAGUGUAUGUAGACAAUAAGAGUAGAUGAAAGGGAACAUUCUCUAUUCAAGUUUUUAGACUUAAAUUCACUCUAAUCAAUUGACUCUCGGGACAAAAUCAUCUGCAGUUGCAUCGAUGAGAGAAUUUCAAUUAAGACUGUUUGUUCUUGGUAAACUAUGUCCUAACAUCCAUGGCUCAUGUAUCAUCCAGACAGAUUUGCGAUGUUCCAUUCCUCUACCACACUGCAAACAUCGGGGUGUAUAAAACUAGCACCAUGGGUAUUUUCACAUAACCAAGAGCGAAUCAAAUUAACACCAUGGGGUGUUGAAAUUGUGUCAGCAGAAUUAAGUGUUCUGUUUACACGUGCUGUAAAUUGGUAUUCUUGUUCGGCAUCUAUGGGACGACAACAGUGUCGAUUUUAAGUGUAGAUAGUUGCACACAUCUUAGUUAAUAUUUGAUACGGCUGAUUCUAUCACGUAGGCCCUAUGAAGAAUGAUUCAGUUAUUAAAGUCUCAUGACGACGGCAAUAAUUAUUCUGAGUUUGUUUAGUAUAUUCUUAGCCAUGGAAUUGUUUUCUUCGGAUUUUGCAGAGUUGCAGCUUUUUGCAUGGUCGAUAUUCGUUUAAAUCUAUGCACACGUUAUAUUGUACACUGCCCAGGGGUAUAAUAUUUGAGAUUUAAAUUCCUUCUAAACACAAUUAUCACUGGAAUCAAUUCAGAUCAACUAAUUUUACUAAGUUAGAAACGAAACAUCUUCACCACAACAAAGGAAUCAGUUUGCUAGAUUUGUGUACGAGACAGUAUUGUUUUAUUGGUAAUUAAGACAAAAGCAACGGCAAUACAAGGUUUAUUUUUGGCCACUUCUUGAGUCUUAAAAACUUCAAGUUUUGCAAGUUUUUUUUUGUUACAAAUUAUCUCGUCCGUAACACCUAGUUAUUACAGAUCUUGUGACCAAUCUGGACAAUGUUGUUUAUACGUCCAUAAUACAUAAUUGCCAACACGAACAGCACGUGAGUUUUCGAUCCUCAAAAAAAGUUCAAUUUUUUUUGGCGGCACACGAUAUCUACAGAAGUCGCCAUGCAUUUGACAUUUUGGCGGGAAACAAGCGACAUCACUGCGCCAUUUUUUCAACUGUCUACGAUUGGAGAGGAUAAAGAAUAGAGUCAUGCAAGUCCCUCUAGUACUAUUUUUUUCUUCUUUCUGGACUGUUAGCCGCGUACUAAUUUAGCACUACAAUUUCCUUGGUGAAAAAACCAGCAGUCAAACUGAAACGAAUUCUGUCAUGCAACACUUAAUAUUUUGAAGAAAAUUUUACAGUUUUCUUAAAUUAUGUUUAAUAACUUGCGUGGACUGACUGGGCAGCCCUGUUGAUUCUUUUAGUCGGACAGUUACGGCCGAACAAGAUAAAAUAUCCCUAAUUAUGUUAUGAUUACCGAUGUUCUUAAUUUCUAAUGACGAUAACUGUACACUGUGAGAUAAAACUACAUCACUUUCCACUUAGCGUUAUUAUUUUCUUGCUUCUAAUGCACAAUCAUACAGUAAAUAAUGAAAAUUUCAAUAAAAAUAAAUGAAAGUUAGAUUACAAUUAUUACAAUACUUUGGUAAAAGUGACGCAUGGUUAUUAGAGCUGGUUAAACGUCCAGUUGAUUUGUUUUAUAUAAUUGUUAUGAAUUAGUUUUAAUAACAAGCCUGUAACAUAAAGUCUACCAGAGCCAAAUGAGCAAUAAAAGCAUUUAGUUUAAAACAAUAACCACCAGCCCCCAUCACAGGCCCUAAAAGCACAACACACAUUUAAACUGCAGCAGCCAUUUUAUAAAUACAUGAAACAGCCGUCAAAGAUCUCACAAUUGUAUGCAAGAAAAAACACCUGUUAAAUUUGCAGGUGCCCAAUUUGAACCAAUCACAGUUGCUCUUACAUAGUGCUACAGGGAGCCUUCAGAAUACCGCAUGAUACAAUUGGCUCUGGUAGACUUAUCAAUGUUGUGCUUAACCGAUGCCGAUAAAUCGAUAGGUUGCAAGUAUUGAUAAGCGGUCUACAAUAUAUCGAUAACCAGAAGCAAUAUACACUAACACUCUUCAAGAUCGUCCUACAUUACAAAAAA